AUGGUGAACUGGACAAUGAGGGCUGUUGGUUUGCUGCUGCUGCUGCUGCUGGCUCUGGGUGGGUCAGGAGCUCAGGGGGAGCUUCAGGAGACGGCUCCGACAGAUCCAGCUGAGGAACCGACCGAGCAGACCACAAAGCAGACCACACCUGACAUCUGGGCGGAGGUGAGGGCUCUGAGAGACAUGGUAGUGAAGCUCGACCUGCAUGUGGAGCUGCUGCAGAGAGAGAACUCAGAACAGGAGAGUGAAAUUCUCAUCAGCAAGUUCAGGAUCAACGAACUGGAGAGAGAAAAUGCAGUUCAAGAAACUCAACUGGCUGCCACCGAGAGCAAAACAAGUGACCUACAAACAGAGAAUGCAGAGCUGCAGACCAGACUUGGCAGCAGUGAGGGUGAACUUCUCAUCAGCAAGUCCAGGAUCGAGACGCUGGAGAGAGAAAAUGCAGUCCAAGCUGCAGAUCUGAUGUCUCUGGAAACUCGACUGACUGCCACCGAGAGCAAAACAAGUCACCUAGAAACAGAGAAUGCAGAGAGAAAGGUGGCCUUUUACACAGCUCUGACUGAUGAAGGAGUUGUUGGACCUUUCAGCUCAGACACCACACUGAAAUACAGCAAAGUCUUCACCAACAUCGGCGAUGCUUACAAUCCAUAUACAGGUUUCUUCACAGCACCAGUCAGAGGGGUCUACUACUUCCAGUUCACUGCAUGUCGUCGCGAAGCAGGUUCCAUGGGUGUCAGUGUGUACAAGAACAACCAGAUGAUCAUGUGGAAUGAUGAUUAUGAGGAAGAGGGAGGUCAUGAAUAUAUAACCAGCUCUGUUGUCUUGGAGCUGAUGGCAGGAGAGGAAAUCCACCUCGUUCUCCCAUCAGGAAAUUCUCUCUUUGACAGUAUAUACAACCGCAGCACCUUCAGUGGCUCCCUCCUCUUCACACUGUGAGGAUCCUUCAGCUGCUGUCUGACUCCUUAUUGGCUACACUGUGACUUACUGCAUGUACCAAAUAAUGAGAUUCAGCAUCUGACUUCUCUGUUGUGUCAUCACAUGAAAGCAACA